UGCUCUGAGAGUGAGAAAAGGAAAGGCAGCGGCUUUGGCUGGGGAUACGGGGAAGAGUGGAACGGAAGAGAAGAUCGGAGCACCGCCAUCAGGCUCGCCUAGGACCACCCAACCCCUCACCAUGUCGAAAGUUUCUUUUAAGAUCACACUGACCUCGGACCCGCGACUGCCAUACAAAGUGCUCAGUGUUCCUGAAAAUACUCCUUUCACAGCAGUCUUAAAGUUUGCUGCAGAAGAAUUUAAAGUUCCUGCAGCAACAAGUGCUAUAAUUACAAAUGAUGGAAUAGGAAUAAAUCCUGCACAGACUGCUGGGAAUGUUUUCCUAAAGCAUGGCUCAGAACUCCGAAUAAUUCCUCGAGAUCGAGUUGGGAGUUUUUAAUGUCUGCUGAAUGGAACUUACCAUUAUCUUUGAGAAUAAACAUUGAUAUUUAUUUUGUAACAUUG